AACGCUGAGCAGAACAGGAUGAAGCCUCUGAUAGAAGAGGCAAUCAUUGACUUAUGCAGCAACACCAACACCUUGUUGCACGGGAAGAUGGUGAUCGCGGACUUGGGCUGCUCCUCUGGUCCGAAUGCGCUAGCACUGGUAUCUACUGCCGUCAUGGCCAUCCAUUGCCGCUGCCUUCAUUUACAACAGCCACCACUGGAAGUGUGUGUGCUCCUCAACGACCUGCCUGAUAAUGACUUCAGCACAGUGGUGAAGAGCCUGGUCACACUCCGUCAAAGUAACGAGCCUGUCGUCGUGACCGGUAUCAUACCGGGGUCGUUUUACGGAAGGUUGUUCACUAGUGGCUCCUUGAAUCUCGUGUGCUCAUCCUGUAGCCUGCAUUGGCUCUCAAAGGUUCCUGAAGUUCUAAUAAGGGAUCACAUCCCGGCAUACGACAUCGAUGAGCAAGCUAGGCGUGAAAGGCUCCCCAUGGUCCAUGAGGCUUAUGCACACCAGUUCAAGACUGACUUCACACAUUUCCUUAAGCUGAGAGCUAAAGAAUUAGCUCCAAGUGGCCGAAUGAUUGUGUCUGUUAUUGGGAGGCCUUCUGAUGGAAGCACCUUCGAAUUCUUUCACAUAUGGGAAGUCAUAGCUCAAACUCUAAGUAUCAUGGUCUCAGAGGGUGUGAUUGAUAAAGAGAAGUUUGAUUCUUUCUACGUCCCGAUGUACGGACCUUCUAGUGAGGAGAUGAGGGCGAUCAUCCAAGAAGAGGGCUCGUUUUCAAUGAGGGAGAUG